UGCGCUACAGAAAAUAAUUUUAUAAUUGAAUUCUUGAUCUUCUCUUAUUAUAACAGAUUAGCGUGCAGUGAUGGUGAAACAUCAGCGAGGAGCUGUGACAGCAGUUAUGAACAUGAGUUUGUUUCUGCUGCUGUCAGGACUUCAGUGCAGCGCUUCUGGUCUUUGGCGAGAGUAUCAGUACAUAAACAUAAGUAUGACAUGGACACAAGCUCAGAGUUACUGUAGAUAUAGAUUCACUGAUCUGGCUACUGUAGACUCGAUGGAUGAUGUGAACAGGAUGAUAAAUUUAGUCAAUGAAACGGAUGGGUACAGAGGAUCAAUGUGGAUUGGACUGCAAAAGACAGCACAGAGUCAUUGGGUUUGGUCACAUGGAGAAGAUAACAUUUCACAGUACAUUACAUGGGCCACAGGAAGACCUACUGGACAAGAUUGUGUAUUUUUUGCCAAUAAUGUCUGGUACGAUAAUGCUUGUCAAAACCAUUAUCACUUUGUGUGCUACAAUGACAGCACUGGAUACAUCAGGAUAUAUGUAUGGAAAAACUGGACAGAUGCUCAGAGUUACUGCAGACAAUAUCACACUGAUCUGGCCACCGUCCACAACUCUGAAGAGCAGAAGCAGCUAUAUGCAGCUGUUGGAGAUCCCUGGGCAUGGGUCUGGAUCGGUCUGUACAGAGAAUCUUGGCAGUGGUCUGAUCAAUGGAAUCUCACCUUUAGAAACUGGGCAGCAGGACAUCCAUUCAUAAGUUUUGGUGACUGUGCUGCCAUGUCAACAAUUGAUUCUGGAAAAUGGGUUCAAUACAGCUGUAACCAACAGUACCAUUUCAUCUGCCAUGGAGAGGACAAGUACGUUACAAGACAGAUUGUCAGAUUGAACUUGGCCCAGGAUGAAAAAUACAAUUUAAAUGAUCCUUCACUACAGAACGCCACACUGAAUGAGAUACGUGAAAAGCUUAAGGCCUUGGGGCUUGGAGGCUUUAAGAGCAUAAAGUGGAGAAAGGAUGAAGUUGGACAGGUUUUUCAUCUGACUGGCAAACGCACAGCAAAUUGAAAUGACAAAUGUGAUAUUAACUAA